AUGAACUGCGCGCUGCUGGAAGGCUCCGACAUGGAAUCCACAGAGAGCUGGAUUGAAAGGUGCCUGAACGAGAGUGAAAGCAAACGUUUUCCAAGCCACAACCCUCUGGGAAAUGUGUCUAUCGGCGAGGAACAUGAAGAAAAGGAAAACAACCGGGCCUCGAAACCACACUCCACCCCGGCAACCCUGCAGUGGCUGGAGGAGAACUACGAGAUUGCCGAGGGCGUCUGUAUCCCACGCAGUGCCUUGUACAUGCAUUACCUGGACUUCUGUGAGAAGAACGACACGCAGCCUGUCAAUGCCGCCAGUUUUGGGAAGAUAAUUCGACAACAAUUUCCACAACUAACAACAAGAAGAUUAGGAACAAGAGGUCAGUCAAAGUACCAUUAUUACGGGAUAGCAGUAAAGGAGAGCUCCCCUUACUACGACGUGAUGUAUUCCAAGAAAGGGGCUGCCUGGGUAAAUGAGACUGGCAAGAAGGAGGUGGCGAAGCAGACGGUAGCUUACUCACCCCGCUCCAAGCUGGGUACCCUGUUGCCAGAAUUCCCAAAUGUCAAGGAUCUAAACCUGCCAACCAGCCUGUCAGAGGAGAAGGUUUCCACCUUCAUCAUGAUGUACCGUACUCACUGCCAGAGGAUCCUGGACACAGUGAUCAGGGCAAACUUCGAUGAGGUUCAGAGUUUCCUGCUGCAUUUCUGGCAGGGAAUGCCCCCACACAUGCUGCCUGUGCUGGGCUCGGCUACUGUGGUCAACAUCGUCGGGGUCUGUGACUCGAUCCUCUACAAGGCCAUCUCCGGGGUUCUCAUGCCCAGUGUGUUGCAAGCAUUACCAGACAGCCUCACUCAGGUGAUUCGUAAAUUCGCCAAGCAGCUGGAUGAGUGGCUGAAGGUCGCGCUUCACGAACUUCCUGAGAAUUUAAGGAACAUCAAGUUUGAAUUGGCGAGAAGAUUUUCGCAAGUUCUCAGGCGCCAGACCUCCUUAAAUCACCUGUGCCAGGCAUCGCGAGCGGUGAUCCACAGCGCUGACAUCACGUUCCAGAUGCUGGAGGACUGGCGUAGUGUGGACCUCAACAGCAUCAGCAAACAGACCCUGUACACCAUGGAGAGCUCUCAGGACCAGCACAGGAAACUCAUCAUUAAAUUGUAUCAGGAAUUCGAUCGGCUCCUGGAGGAACAGUCUCCCAUUGAGUCCUACAUCGAGUGGCUGGAUUCCAUGGUCGACAGAUGUGUUGUCAAGGUAUCGGCAGCACGUCCAGGCAGCCUGAAGAAAGUAGCUAGGCAGUUCCUGCUGAUGUGGUCCUGCUUUGGGACAAGGGUGAUCCGGGAUAUGACUCUGCACAGCGCUCCAAGCUUCGGUUCCUUCCAUCUGAUCCACUUGACGUUUGAUGACUAUGUACUCUAUCUGCUGGAGUCUCUUCACUGCCAGGAGAGGGCCAAUGAGCUGAUGAGGUCCAUGAAGGGAGAAGGUUGCGCAGUGGGCCGUCAGGAGGAAGCAUUGCCAAAUGAUCACAAUCCCCCAACGCAAUCCCCUCCCCCUUUCUCCCCGGAUAAAUCCGUCACAGCCGAGAUCCAACCGGCAUCACCCACCAACAACCAGUCUCCGGAGUACACUGGAGUUACCACAGCAGGAGCGGUGCAGUCCUACACAUGGUCCCUGACGUACACCGUGACCACAGGAGCGGCUUCUCCCGACAGCACACAGCCACUGCCCUGCAUGAGGAGUGACCACGUGGCUCCCACAUCCACAACGCACAGGAUGCCAGGGUACACGCACAGAGAGCAGCACGGGUACACAGGAGGCUACAAUUAUGGCAGUUACAGCAAUCAACCUGCACUCCCCAUCCAGAACCAAUACCCAGCCCUCACGCAUGACAGCCUCUCCUCACCUUUGCCGUACUCCGCAUACCACCGGACUGCAUCGCAGUACCCCUUCAAUGGGCAGAGCCCGCGAAUGGAGCCCUGCCUGAUGAAUACCAGUCCGCGGCUCCAGAGCACAGCCGUGACCCCACGCUGGCCUGACAUGGCGUCGGCCAACAGCUGCUACGCCGGUGCCUCCAUGCACUCCGGCCGGUACGGAGGCUCGGGCGAGAUGUACACCCCGCUCGCUCCCCGCAGGAGUGCCGACUAUGAGCACACGCAACAUUUCCCUGGCUUUGCCUACAUCAACGGUGAGGCCUCCACUGGGUGGGCCAAGUAGGCUGGCGCUGCGAUGGUUGACUUUGCCUGGAUUGACGUCUCCAGUGGGGAACUGCUGCAGGAAAGCGAGGUGAUCUCUGCCGACGGCACCCCACCUUCCCGCCAGAGGACUGAGGAGGGCACUUCAAACAGGAACCUCCCCGUCAUUUCCCAGAGACACUGAGUUGGGACUUAGGGAAGCCACAGUCCUUAAACUAGGCACUCUACACUGGGAGUAACAUACACACAUUGCUGCCUCAUUCACCCUCAACCUCCUACAGCCUCUGCUCCAGAAAGAACACUCCCAACAUUAACACAAGUGAUUCUGCUAAUGCUGCAA